UUUCACUUCUCUUGAGGUCCAUGGAUUACUUCCAGCCAACCUACUGGGCCAAGCCCACUACUUACGUCGAGGACGAUCUCGAUUUGAAUCUCGACAUAUUACACCAUCGCCCAUCAAGGAUCCAGCCCUGUGCAACAGCGCACUUUCACUGCACAGGCUCUCCUCCAUGCUUGACGCCACCCAAUCUGAAAUCUUCUUUGCCUGCACUCAGUCCACCUUUCCCAUUCGUGUCGUCAAUUUCCUCUGCGUCGUUCC